CGCUCGCCGACCCGGCUACUCCUGCGACUCGCGAGAUUAGUCUUCUGUCCGGCUCGCGGCAGUGCACUUCACCGAAGGACGGCGAGAGCAUGGCGGCGGCUGAAGACAGUCCUCGGCGGGGUGCGCAGCUGGAGGCCGUACUCGUCGGCGAUCGACAGCCCGACGGCGACGUAUCAGUGCCCAAUGGGAAACAAUCGGACACAUUAUUCUCAAAUGUUGUACAGAGGGCUCGUGAUGCCUUUAAUAGUGGAAAAACAAGAUCUGCAGAUUUUCGUGAAAAACAACUAAAGCAGCUCCUUAAAUUGUAUGAGGAGAAUGAGGAUGCUAUUGUUGCUGCAUUAUCUUCAGAUCUGAGGAAGAGUAAACAAGAGACUAUGCUGACUGAAAUAGAACUUGUGAAAAAUGAUGUUAUAAAUGUACUGAUUCAUUUUAGAGAUUGGAUGAAACCAGAGAAGCCUGAGAAAGGACUUGUGUAUCUGUUGGAUGAUGUUGUCAUUUAUAAUGAACCUUAUGGUGUUGUUCUGAUUGUGGGUGCUUGGAAUUACCCAUUUCAAUUGUCACUGUUGCCUGCUGCUGGUGCUAUAGCAGCAGGUAACUGUCUCGUAAUCAAACCAUCAGAAAUGUCUCCACACACUUCAAAGCUUGUAGCUGAAUUGGUUCCAAAAUAUCUUGAUCGGGACUGUUUCCAUGUUGUCGAGGGUGGCGUGGCUGAAACAAGUGAACUUUUGAAAGAACGUUUUGAUUACAUUUUUUACACUGGCUCAACACAUGUUGGUAAAAUUGUGGGAGCAGCAGCUAAUGAACACUUGACCCCAACAACUUUAGAACUGGGAGGUAAAAGCCCAGUUUACUUGGAUUCUACAGCAAAUAUGGACAUUGCAGUAAAACGAAUUCUUUGGGGAAAGUGCCUUAAUGCAGGUCAAACAUGUGUAGGGCCUGAUUAUUUGUUGUGUACUAAGGAUCUAGAGAAGCGAUUUAUUGCAAUAGCUAAAGAGGUGCUUCGGGAAUGGUAUGGAGAUAAUCCAAAGAAUUCACCUGAUCUUGCUCGAAUUGUUACUGAUCGACACUUCCAGAGGUUACAAGCAUUCCUCAGUAAUGGAACUGUUGCUAUAGGAGGUGAAACUGAUCAGUCAGAAAAAUUUAUUAGUCCAACAAUCCUCACUGAUGUUAAACCAUCAGAACCUGUUAUGCAGGAAGAAAUUUUUGGACCAAUUCUUCCUAUAAUAAAUGUGGACAGUGCUUUUGAGGCUCUCAAAUUCAUAAAUAAUCGACCAAAGCCUUUGACACUUUAUAUUUUUUCAACUGACAAAACUGUACAAAAUCUGUUUCUGGAGCAAUCAAGUAGUGGUUCAGUCUGCAUCAAUGACACAGUAUUGCAUUUGGCAGUUGAAGCACUUCCUUUUGGUGGAGUUGGAUCUAGUGGAAUGGGGGCAUAUCAUGGUGUCCAUACUUUCAACACUUUUACUCACAAGAAAAGUUGCUUGGGGAAAAACUUCAAUCCUUUAGUGGAAAAACUUAAUUCGAUGAGGUACCCACCUUACUCAGAGAAAAAAAUAAAUCUUAUAAGUUUUAUAAUGAAGAAACGCCGUGGAAUAAGUUUCAAAUAUAUAAUCCAUUUUAUAAUGUUUGUGUUGGGUGUUUUAACAACUGUUGCCAUCUGGGGAAUUGUGCAGGCAAGCCAAGGAGGGAACUGAGAGAUUUUAAAUUCUUUUACCUCAGAAGGUGACAUACAGUAUCCAGGAAGAGUUCUCUUUCAUUUAAAUAGUAAUACUUAUUAGGUGCUGCAUUAAGAGUGGGAUUUAGUACAAUGAAUGUCAUAGCGACCUGCCAGUUUCUACAGAUGCGUUACAAGUGUCUCACUGGUACUUAAGGAAGAUCGCUCUUCCUGGUGCAAUUUACCUGAUUUUAUUUACUGUCUCAAAGUAUAGUGAUACACAACAAUCAAAACUUUUUGAAGCAGUACUUUGCCAAAAGAAGUACUUGAAUUAGAUCUGUAAAAAAUCUCUUUGAUAUUGGUAUUAUUCUGUAGUAAUAUUGAUUCCAAUUGUAUAUACAUUGUAAAUAUUUUAUAAUAUGUAAAUAAUAUACAAGUAAGUCAGUUACUGCUGUGUUGUGGAAAAAUGCUGGGUUUUGAAGUAAUAGUUGUAUAAGCAAACACCACCAGCAUUUAUUUAACCUGUUAAGUAAAACGAAUACAGUAACUUAUCUAUAAGUUAACAUAUUUCUUUUGCAAAACAGAGAGUAUCAGCAGUAACAAAGAAAGGCACCUUUUUUCAGGACAAAAGAGAAUAAAUUCAUUCAUUUGUUCAUUCA